AUCGAUGUCCUACCACAUACAUAUUUUUUCAGCCAACUAAUUCUGCAAUAGUAGAAUUUUGUAUUCAAGAGUAGGAGUUUUAAAAUUCACGAAUCCUCCAGGCCAGAAAUCCUACAAAACGCAAUGCCGCGCGACUACGACAGAGACUACAACGAGGACGCCGCCGACUACAAGCGGAAGCGACGCGACGAGGAGCCAGCGGCUACCGGUGCUCCAGAGACCCCUGAGGCGGAUGGCGGCGGACACACCACCAGCCACGCCGCCCUGCGGGACACGCCCCAGCUGAAUGAGAAGACCAACGCGUAUCUGCAGGAGUGCCUGCUGGAAAAGAAGACGCUCGAGAAGAAGCACAUCAUCACCAAGCGCUUACUUGACGACGAGGUGGAGAAGAUCUUGGUCAGCGGACGCAUACCAAAGCCCGAGAUAUAUGCCAACGUGUACAGCGAAAAGCCCAUCCGCGUGGCCCAGAAAGUCUUGUUCCCCAUCAAGGAGUACCCCAAGUUCAAUUUCGUUGGCAAGAUCCUGGGGCCCAAGGGCAACACACUGCGGCAGCUGCAGGAAGAGACUAUGUGCAAAAUGGUGGUUAUGGGGCGCAACUCGAUGCGCGACCACGGUAAGGAGGAGGAGCUUCGCAGCUCCGGAAAUCCAAAGUACGCCCAUCUCAGCCGCGAUUUGCACGUGGAGAUAUCCACGGUGGCCCCUCCAGCGGAGGCCUAUCACAGGAUCAGCUAUGCGCUAGGCGAGAUCCGCAAGUUUAUGAUACCCGACGCCAACGACGACAUUCGGUUGGAGCAACUACGCGAGAUGGAUGGCAAGGAGCGCAUGUACAAGAAGUCUCACCACUAUUCCAAAUCCUAUGGCGAUCAUGGCGCCUACAGUUCCCGCACCCCGCCCCCUGCUUCUUCAAAGCCCAAAGUCUAUUCGAUUCUGGAGAAGGCUCGAUAUGUGAUGGACGAUCCCAACUAUGGGAUCGUAAAGACGCACAGAUCACGGGACCACGAGCUAUAUGACCACCAUGGAGAAUAUGAUCGCUAUGCCACACCGCCGCCCCAAACAUCAAAGCACUCGACCCACCACGCCCAGUAUGACAGUAGCUCCUACGAGCGCGACUAUCGGCGUGAGUAUCACCCCCACUCGUCCUCCUCUUCCUACGCGGCGGCCUAUCCAGGUAAGAUACCUAGAUUUCUAGACCAAUAAUCUCUUCCCCUCAGCAGGCAUGUAAAAAUAAACAAAAUGAAGAAAAGAAAAAGAAUACGACAAAUAGCAAUGUAAACGUUUAAACUUAACUCGCGCAAAUCAAAACAAAAAAAAAACUCGAAAACAAAACAAAAUCUAUCCAACUAAGCGCCGAUAAAUUGAAAACGCAGAAAAAAACAGAAACCAAAAAAGAAAAAGAAACAAGGCCGCGUACCAAAAUUAUUAAAACGGCAACCCAUCCCAUUUUAACAAGAUUUUAAAUGCACUAUGCCUGAACAGAGGCCAAAUCAACUAAACCGAACAGCAACCAGUAAAUCAUCUUCAUUAAUUGGACGACUACUAACAUACUCACAAGAAGCCAGAGCCAAAAUAUUAAAACAAUCGAUCAAACAAUCAAAUUACUGAAAUUCACACUUUGAAAACAAAACCAUAAAACUUCAUGGCAAGAAACCCAAAAAUAUUUGAACAUGCUUAAACUAUAAAAUCCAAGCUGAAAGGUUUGUGGAACAACUUUUUUUGAAACGUGAUGAAACGAAAUGCAUUUUACUCAAAACAAUAACGUUUCGUAGGGUGUAGUGCAUUCAAAACCGGUUAAACAAUAUAUUUUUCUUUUUUUUACAAUGUAUAUAUGCUAAGCAAAAGAAAAACCAAAAACCAAAAAACAGCACCACAGAGACAGAACAAGAAACAAUUUAAAGUCUAAACAACAAAUAAAAUUCUUUUCAAAAUAGCAAAACCAAGCAACGGUCGUUCAUCAUCGUCAUAUCGACCAACCACCUCGGGCUCGGGAUCACAUUCAUCUGCUCACUACGAAACUGGAUCCCGAUCUCGUGAAAGCGUGCGAUAUCGCUCGGCUCCAUAUCCGAAAAUACGUUAACCCAUCGAUUUUCCAAAACCCCAAGAAACCAACCUCAACAACAACUAC